AUGGAAUCAAGACGCGGUAGACCACCAAAAGAGAAGAAAGGACUUUUCGCUAAAGACUUGAGUCAACUAAUGUAUGGUUUUGGAGAUGUUCCUAAUCCUGCACCAGAUACUGUAAAUGUUCUUGAGGAAAUGGUCAUUGAUUACAUAACCGAUAUGUGUAUUAAAGCAUCACAAGUAGCCGGCUCACGAAACAAAGUGCGAGUCGAGGAUUUCAAGUUCAUCCUUCGCAAUGAUCCAAAAAAACUCGCGCGUGUCGAAGAACUUUUGUAUAUGAGUGAAGAUAUAAAGAAGGCACGACAAUCUUUUGAUCCGAGGGAGAUGGAGGUUGCUAAAGGCGCAGGAGGAGUAGGCGAAAGCUCAAAAUUUGAAUUCUAA